AUGGGAAUAGCUGCACUUGAACAAUUUAGUUCGAUAGCUCAUUUUGUUCCACUUUACCUUCAAGAUCAACAAUUAACAAAUCAAGUUUUUUUAGUAAAGCAUGAUCCAACAGGCCCAAAAGAUGCUCACACGAGUGUACUUGUUGAUGUAGCUGGUACAUCAACCGCCACCAACAUUGAAGGUGUAUUAUGUCAUGUCGUAGCUAACACUAAUGAUGGUCAAAUUCCUCAUUCUACAAGUUUCAAAUGUGAUUAUUGGGAGUCACCAAAAUCACGAUUAACAUUGAUAUAUAUUGGAAAUCUUGCAGAGAGUAAGUAUAUAGGUGGUGUUGAGCCAUUACCACAAUAUCUCAAUAAUCCAUGGAUGCAAAAUGGUAUUCAUCAACAUUUAAUUAAUCCUAAAAUUGCAGUUGCUUAUAAACAAUCAUUACUUCAUUUUUUAACAAGUUCUUUAUAUUCUCACAUGGCUGAACUAUAUGAACAAAAAUGGAGUGCAAGUCUAAAUUGCCAACAAUUUGCUCGACGUUUCAUCGAAGAAACAAUAGUACGUAUUCGUCAUUUAACAGGUGUAAUGGCUGAUCCAGAUUUUCUCAAAUUGAUAACACGGAUUGCUAUUAAUUUUUCACCACAUCUUACAAAAAUUGUUGUGGUAAAAGCUUUUCAUUUUCGUACUAAUCUUCUCGUUGAAGUCGAUAUUGGUUUACUGGGUAAUAUGCAAAUACAACAAGCACAUAAUAUUGAUAUUAAUUUGCAAAUGAAACUUUAG